UCUAAAACUGAUUGACUGUAAACAAUUCAAAGAAAUGGGUUUACGAUGUCAAUUAAUACAAGAAAUGUCUGUAUCGUAUGGAAUAGUAAAAGGGAUUGACCUUGAACUAAGUGAAGAAGAACUUAUGAGCAUUUUUAAGUCAGGUGUUGAUGUUUUAUCGGUAAGGAGAUUAAAACGAUUAAUACCAGAAGGGAAAUGGGUCGAUUGUGAGUCUGUCAGAAUCUGUUUUAAAAGUAAUGUGCUUCCGCAAUAUAUUUAUGCCUACGAUUGCAGAUUUAAAGUUGAAAAAUAUGUAUUUCCUGUAACGCAAUGCUCAGGUUGUUGGCAAUUUGGCCAUAUCAUUAAAUUUUGCCCCACGAAAAAAGUCAUAUGCCCAAAAUGUGGAGGAAGUCAUGAAAAUUGCGACAUAAAAAACUUUCUAUGUUUAAACUGCAAGGGGAAUCACUUCGUUCUGGAUAAAAGGUGCCCUAUUUAUCUAAAAGAAAAAUCCAUCAGGAAUAUAAUGAGUGAAGAGCAAGUUACAUACAGAAGAGCCUUACAAAUUUUAAAAGAGAAGAAAGGAGAACAAAUAACAAAUGAGAUUUCACAGGAAAAUAAGGGCAAUCAAUUUGCAAUCGUCACUAACAACGAGAAAGAAACCUACAGUAGUGUACUGACAAGGACACACAUACACCAAGAACCCAUAACAAAUGAGAUUUCACAGGAAAAUAAUGUCAAUCAAUUUGCAAUCGUUAAUAACAACGAGAAAGAGACCUAUAGUAGUGUACUGACAAGGACACACAUACACCAAGAGCCUUCAAUAAAUAGAGAAGAAGAUCAGAGAGAUGAUUCGAGCAUAAACAAACAAAAAACUAAUAAACAGAAUAAGUAUCAGAGAGAAGAGGGCGAAAAGAGUAAGCAGCAAGGUGAAGAGUUACGGUAUAGAUUUGAAUUUUCUAAAUUAUUAUUAAAAUUGAAAAAUGUAUUUACGUCGGAAGUUAAAUUAGAAGAAAAAGUUGUCUCGGUUUUAAAAAUUAUUUGGCAAGAAUUAUUGAAAAUAUUAGGAGUUAGAUUUUCUAAGGGUGAGUUUAUUGAACAUUUUUUCAGUUUUUUAAAUGGAUAAUAAUACACAUGAUAACAUACGUUUAAACAUAUUUCAAUGGAACGCACAAAGUCUACGGCCGAAACUGAUAUCUUUUAGGGAGCUUUUAAACCAAGAAAAUAUACAUAUAGCUAUAAUUAGUGAGACUUGGCUUGACCAGGAAAGUCAACUUAAUGUUAGUGGUUAUAAUCUGUAUAGAACAGAUAGACUAGAUUCCUAUGGGGGCGUUUCAAUAUUUGUACACAAGUCCAUUCAAUCUUGUUUGAAUCCAAUUAAUGUUACCAAUUCGGGAAUAGAAAUUGUUAGCGUAAAAUUAAUGAACUGUAAAGACUUGGAAUAUGUUGUAAGUGUUUAUUGUCCUUCAUCUGUGCAUACUCAACAAGCUCAUUGGGAUGAACUAUUUGCAUCUUUCACUAAAGCAGCCUUAAUAGCGGGAGAUUUCAAUGGACACCACACUAAUUGGUCGGUAAAAACAGACAUGAGAGGCACACAAAUUCUGGAUGCAGCCCUAGAUAACUCAUUCGUCCACCUAAAUAAUGGGAUGGCUACACGAGUCAAAUUGGUUAAUGGAAGUUUGCAACAAACUUCACCGGAUGUUACAUUUGUGUCUUCUGAUAUUGCGAUCAAACUUAAUUGGCAGGUGUUGAACGAAAAUAUUGGUAGUGAUCACUUAAUCAUUAAAAUUUCUAUAAACAUUACAGAUAGUUUCUCAAUUACUAAAAAACGAAAUUAUAAAAAGGCUAACUGGGUGAAAUAUCGUAAAACAUUGACAAACAAGUUUUUUCCCUAUACAGAAUGUUAUACAGGUAAUAAUCUUCAGGAUAUGUAUAAUUUUUUUGAAACGCAACUUAAUUAUGCGGCAGAUAAACAUAUUCCAUAUAUUAAAUGUUGUUUUAAACCUACAAAUAAUUUUAAGCCAAAGAGAUACUGGAACACGGAAUUGUCUCGAGUAGUGGCCCAGAGGAGAUUAGCACUUUCUAAGUUUCGUCGUAACCCAACCCCGGAAAAUUUAAGUAAGCUCGAAGAAAAAACGAAAGAAUCUCAAAAAUUAAUAAACAAAGCAAAGUCGUUAGAUUGGCAACAAUUUUG